AUGACUGCUACACCAGCAAUUGUACAAGAGAAUGCUGACGUUUUAGAGGGCCCUGUUCGAGGAUUUGUUCGGGCCGAAGUGGUAUUGUCACCAUCAACAGCUGUUGUCUCGGAGAACGAUUCUGCGACACUUACAUGUACUUACAAAGGAGAUGAGACUGUUACAUACUUUUUAUGGAGUGUAUCCAAAAGAUCUGAAAGUACAAUUAAUAAUAUCGGUAUAAUAACAGCAGAAUGUAGGGCUAUAGUAAUUAAUGUUGAAACCAGUCUGUAUAACUAUACUUGUCCUAACAGCAAACAGAAUACAUGGACCAUCAAGAAAGUAAGACAGAAUGAUGGAAACAAGUACAGAUGUCAUGUUGACACACCCUCUCCAGGAAUAAUCAGAAGUAACAAUGUGUCAGUAUCUGUUCAAGUUCCAAUAACUUCAGUAACAAUGGUCGAGCCAAGUACUUCACCAGUGACUGUGAAUGAGAAUACAGAAGUAGAGUUUAAAUGUCAAACAUCAGGUGGUCUUCCAGCAGCUUCUGUGAUCUGGUAUAAAGAUUCUGGAACAGCUGGAGAUUUCAGUGAUGAUACAGAAAUUACUUCAAGUAUUGAAUCAAACUUGGGCAAUACCAUAAACAAUCUUAUAGAAGUGACCAGCGUAUUGAGAUACUCACCAUCCAGGAAUGAAAAUAGAUGGCAUGUUUAUUGUAAUGCAAGUAAUAGUCUUGUCCAGACUCCUAUUGCCUCAAGUAGGAAAAUGCUGCUAAAUGUUCAAUGUAAGUUUUAGAUAAUUAUUAAUCGAUCUAGUUCGUAUAAUUAUAUAUAUAUAUAUACUUUAAAAGCAGUUUCGGAUUCACAACUGCAUCGUUCAUGGAUUGAGACUAUACUGGACAGCAAGUAACAGUUUAGACGGGGCUUUGCUGUAUGAAAGGAAAUUUAUUGCUACAUUUGCAAAUGCUCAUUAUGAGUUAAAACAGAUUAUAUUAUGUUGUAAAGAUUUUAUGCCAUAAUGAAAUCACAUGAGCAGUUUCAUUUAUAUAAUUCUAUUCAGUGUAUUUCCAGUUCACCUCCGCACAGAAUUUGAAUGUGACAUGUGUAACUGAUUAUAUUUGUGCACAAACGUUUGCUAUGUACCCUUUGUAACAACGAACCGGGAUACAUCAUAUUUAAUAAUUUCUGUUGCAUCAUAAAGGUUCUUUUAAGUCAAUUCAAAUGAAAUUAUCAGCAGUACUUGUAUCAGAUGUCAGAUAUAUCAUUUAUGU